CUGACAUCUUGUGAUCACAAGACUUCUUCGUCUAGUUUUUCUGUCAGGCCAAAAUUUGGGCGAAAAAGGCCGUCCCAUACGGGAAUUUCGGGUAAAACAGCUCCAGUUGCACCAAUAAAUAUCUCAAGAUGAGAUACUUCCUGAGUUACCUGUUUUCGUUGCUGGUGGUGUUGGCGGUAGUGAUAUUUUCUAUGUACUAUCUGCUCAACGGCAAGGGUGAGCAAAUAAGUUUCGGAUGGUUCCUGGAGAAUACUUCCCCCUACAUGUGGGGAACGCUCGGGAUCGCGUUCGCCGUCGCGUUCUCCGUGGUGGGGGCGGCGCUGGGCAUCCACACCACCGGCACCAGCAUCGUGGGCGGAGGAGUCAAGGCGCCCAGAAUCAAGACCAAGAACUUGAUCUCCGUCAUCUUCUGCGAAGCCGUCGCCAUCUACGGGCUGAUCACCGCCAUCGUGCUGUCGGGCAUGCUGGAGCAGUACACCGAGCCGCUCACCGACCUCACCAUCAAGCAGCAGAACUGGAUGGCGGGCUAUGUGAUGUUUGGGGCUGGCCUGGCUGUGGGACUCGUCAACUUGUUCUGUGGUAUGGCUGUGGGCAUUGUGGGCUCUGGAGCUGCCCUGUCUGACGCUGCCAACCCAGCACUCUUUGUGAAGAUUCUCAUUGUAGAGAUCUUUGGUUCUGCCAUCGGUCUCUUUGGUCUGAUUGUUGGCAUUUACAUGACAUCUAAAGUCAGGAUGGGCAACCAGUAGUUGAAGAACAGAAGAUGGUUCAAAUUGAUGAUGUUGUGCUACCACCGCCUCUUCCAACAACAAUCAACUCAACUCCGGUGCAAGAAACAUCAAUAUAUCAAAUGUCAGAAUAGUUUGAAAUCUUCAUUAUUUUAGUAAUAAGUGUUGGACUCACUUUUGUAAAUUACACUAACUGUUGAUGUGUGCUGCGUAAUACUACAAGUUAGGAUGGUGUCUGAUGUUUUGCCUUACUUAAGAUCUUAAAUUGGAAGUCACAUAUUUAUUAAGUUACAUAAAAAUGUAAUGAAUUUGAUUUGUAAUAAAAGCAUUUUAUUGAAACAUCAGACACCAUCAAAGGAACAACCCCUGUAUUGGGAGUGUUGGAUACAGUUGUUUAUUAGGUUUUGUUUUAAACAUUCAGUUGUGAAUCGGCUAGUUCAAUAGCAACCUCAGACACAGACAUCUUUGCCACAGACAGUUUUGUUUUAAGGGUGUAAUAGUCUCUAGCCACUUAAGGCUCUAACAUUCCAUGAAACCCAUUUAUCAUCAUUGAAUGUAAUCCAACAGCCGUGUUCAAACAUGUACAUAAUAUAUUUUAAUCAAGCGAUGUAAUUUGUGUGCUAUAAAUUUUUCCGAUCUAACAUUGUUACUUAAAAAAAGAAUUUUGAAGUACUAAAGGUUUUACUUGCGAUUUGUAAAUAUUAGUUUGCUUCCCUGUAAUUUAUGGAUAUCCUAAUAAUUUAUUGUACCUAAUUGUAAAUCAUAUCCUUCAAAAUUCAGUACAGUUAUAAAUGAAUGCCAUAGAUUGUGCUAUGUGUAAGCAGGACCCCUGCACAUUUGUGCACAAAUCUAGAACAAAGUGUUUAUAAAAAGUAUUAUAUCAGUCCUAAGUGUCAUUUAACUGAUGUAAAUCUAAGUUAAAAUAUACUAUUUGUGCAAAUGUAGAUAUAUUAUUAUGUAUGUUGAUGAAUAAAUAGACAAAAGUUA